AUGGACGCCACGGCCGCCGCGCUGCCCGUGGUCGUCCAAGACAAGGGCAAGACACCAACGCCGAGAGGGCCGCCGCUCGCGUGGCGCCUCGGCGUCUCCCUCGCGGCCGUCGCGCUGACGUGGGCGACGAGCUUGAGGGUCGCAAUCAGUGUCGCGGGCGCCUUCGUGGUCGUGCCGCCCGCGUCACUCGUGAGGGAUACCUGCUCUACCUUAAAAGACGCGACGACGCACGCCGAAGCCGUUUACGUCGAAUGCGUCGACGCGCAAGCGUUGAAUUGCGACCGCCACUACGACGAGGUCCUCGUGGAUGUUGAGAAGACGCUCCAAGAUAAACAGAUGAGGAACGAGGCGACGCUGUCGACAUAUCGACAGAUUUAUGACACGUGCGCGGCGCACGCGAACGCGCUGACGGGCUAUGCUUCAUAUAAAAUUGCAUCCUUCAAAGCCCCCUCUACCAGCUUCGAGGCGUCUCUUGAUAAGAGUGCCUGGACGGCGACGUGCGCGGACGCUUCGAAGCUGACGGGCGCGGACGUCCUCGAGGCGCACGCGGCUCGAAGCGAGGACGCGGCGGCCUUCGCCACGGUCAUUAUCCAGUGUCCAUCCGAGUUACUGUUUGAUGUUAACACGCAGGAGAGCGCAUCGACUAUGAACGCUUUAACAAGAUAUGCCGAGGACCGCGCGCGCUACGACGCCACUUACAUCCGCGGCGUCUAUGCAAGUGUCGAGGCCGCCUCGUCACAAUUCAAGCUGCCCUCCAAUACGACGUGGCCGGGCGUCGCCACGGCCCUUGGUGAUAUAAGGGCGUGUUUGUCCAUAGACGCGAACGUCUCAUGCAAAAUACAACCGGACGCGCGCGACGCUUUCGGGGACUACGCGUCUCGUGUACAAUUGCAGGUCGCCAUGGCCUCGGACGUCGUCGCGGCCUUCUCGAGUGAAGCCGACGCGUACCAGCAGCGGGUCGAGGACGCGUUCGACGCAAUGGCGGCGUUCUACGACGCGGCCAUGGAAGCGGAAUCGAACAACUUCAUUGAAAUAGACCCGCCCGGGGCGAUGGUCGGCGUCGGACUGGAGGACUUUUACGCCUACCCGGGCGCGUGGCCCGACGGGCUGACUCUACUGUCGUUCCCGUCGGCAGACGAGCUGUAUCCUGCGUCCUUAUCGGCUUUCUAUGAUGAUGUCUUGGCGAACGUGUCGCUGCUGUACGCCGAUGCUGCCGUUGUCAUGAAACGGACUUCAUUGGAAUUGCGAGAAGAUCUGCAACGGGCCUUCGCGGGCUACGACCCUCCUUCCAUAACCGACUACCUCGACGCCCCCACUCUGAAAAAUGCCUCGGAUGCAUACGCGGAGAAAGCCGAAGCCUUCGCGAACGCGAGCCUUCGUGUCGUCGACUACGACGUCGACCUCCUCACGACAUCGUCUGUGCGUAAUACGACCGCCACGACCACCACUACUUUCAUGGAGACGGCCCGCGACCGCUUGCUGGGCUGGGCCGCGCUCGAGACCGACGUCGACGUCAGCGCCACGUUCGCUCAGAUAGCAAGGUCCGCGUCCCUCAUUAUCCUGCUGGACUACGCCUGGCGCGUCGCGUCUUCUUUGAGGACGAUCAAGCGGUUUCUGGAUAAGUCGGCCGUGCGCUUACCAAAAGCGCGCGUCCGGUCCGUUCGCUCAGACAAGGGCUUCUACGCCGCCGUCGGGUGGGUCGUGGCGUCGCCCUACCCUUCCUUGAUGGUGGCGGGCGCCGUGGGCGCCGCCAUCUUUGUGGGGGCAGCUAGAGCCUACGCCCCGCUCUUCUCGGCCUACGCGGAGACGUGCGUCCGCGGUCAUGGUACGCUGAACAACGGCACCGUCGUGGCGCGCAAUUUGUACGCCGUCUCAUAUAAUGCGGCGUCGUCCGACGGGCGCGCAGCUCAAUCUAGGUUCCUCGACGCCUACGACGCGCGGCGCGCGGAGGCCUGCGCAUCGCUAUCGACGGCGGACGCCCGCGUUCGCAACGACGAGGCGGAACAGCUCCGCGUUCUGGUGGAUGCGCAAUCUGAAGCGGCCUCGCGCUUCGCAUUACUCAACGCGUGCGUCGACGAACCGUUGAAUGAUACGGCGUGUCUCCAUGAGACGUGGGCGCUCGAUUCAAAUCCUUUCGACUGCGGCUCUCUUCCAAUGUGCGACAUCACCUGCGGCGGCCCCUCGGUCCAAGUGUUGCGGACAGCUUCACAACACUGCGCCUGCAGCGCCGAGUGGUGGCUCCACGCGACGAUCUUGAGGUUGGGCGCCGCCUUCGUUAUUUUCCUCGUCCUCCAACUAUCUCGUUCUUGGAUUGUGGACGGGCUCUGUCGGUUGAAUUGGCGCCUGUUAACCGACGCCGUCUUCGCCUACGAGGCGUCGUGCGAUAUCGACGGGAACCCGACCGUCGAAGGCGACUUUCGAGCGCACGUGCGCGCGGACCUGAAGCGACGGCUCCGGGCGUGGCUUUGUGUUGGGAGGUUGAAGGUCAUUGGAGCGGUGCUCGUCCACGCGGCGUGGGUCGCGCCGUUGGUGCGGUUGCGGCGGGACGUGGCGUACGCGCCCCAUUGA